UCAGAAUAACCGAAAUUUCGGUUUUUUUAGCAUAUCUUCGUAAGUAACGGAAUUUUCUCGUUCCCUUUAAAACAUGAUAAUAACUCUUUAAUUGCGUUUUUUUCUCUAAUUUGACCAUCGUCGUAUCCUUUAUGCUUUCGGAGAUCCCAAUGAUAGAACGUCCUUAUCUUGUACACCGUGUAUAUAUGCCGAAUGGCUGAAAAAAAUUAAACGAAAAUUUGGAACUUAUGGAGGUGUAAUUCUCAAAUAAAACAUUUUGAUCAAAUAUUUUUUGGACACCCUGUACAUUUAGGAAUAGAGAGAGUUGGUCCCCGGUGUUUUAUAUUAAAUACGUAAGACCGAAUAGUGAAACUCGUCUCCAAAAACUGAGUUUCCGUUUCCAGAACAAGAGAGUGCUGCUCUACCAAUCUAAUCCACUAUGACUUGGUCACCCUAAGCGACCUGUACAUUUAUCUAGCGUCGCAUUGGCCCUAUCUUUCCUUUUAUUCAUAAUAUCAGGACACAAUAGCAGCGGAGUGAAUCGGCAAUUGUAUAUCGACUCUCGCUAAUGAUGAAUUACGACCAAUUUCUAAUAAGCGAGUGGUAUAAAAUUGCCCAAUGAUUCACGGCCCAUUAAAUAAUCGACAAAAGCGAGUAGUAAAACUGAAAACGACCGAUAAGGGUUCGAUAUGCUAAUAUCGUUUGCAGGAGGUGCCGACGUCGCGCGUUUACAAUUCUCAGAUCUGUUUUGUGCCGAACUUCCACAAUAACAGCGAAAACGGGCGGUUAAAAAUGUUCAAAGUGCGCGAACUUGUGCGUCAUUCGCUAUGUAUCACCAACAUAUGGAAAGCUUAGAGGAGGUUGCCGCUCGAGAGCAAGCAGAGAAGCAACAGAGUCUUCGCGAACUUGAGGAUCUUUACGAGUGGUUGCAGCAGUUCGAGGACCCUCCACCUGCGCCGAGGCCCCCGCCGCCGCAUCAAUUUAGAAAUGGCGAUAUUACACAAAAGGGAUACGAGAAAAAGAGAACAAGACUUCUUUCUCCAUAUGUGCCUAAACAAAAUACAACUGGAAAUGGAGGAAACGGUGUCGGAAACGCAAACGAGAAUUGCGACAAUGGCGUUAAGCAGCACACAAGAAGACGCACACAACGACGCGUCACGCACAACGAGAAGAGAUAUCAUUCAGCUGUGGGGUCUGGGGGCUCGACGGAUACAAGGGGCGUUAGCCCUGCGACGAGGGCCCUUCGAAGAGGCAACAGGCGGUUAACCCGUAAUGAGAGCCGCUAUCAUUCAGAAGUGCGACAAGAGGCUGUACAGCAGGCGUUGGCUCAGGCUAUGCAGAAUAGGCAUAAACCCUCAUUGCCGAUGCCGUCCAAGAGAACCUCCGUUAUGGCAAGAAGUCCUGACAGGGAUAGACGGGAUUCUGAAUCCUCAUCGGAUGAAGACAGUAUAGUAAAUGAGGAAACGGUGGAAAGUACGCCGGAAAGGGAAAGAGCAAGGGACAGAAGCACACCUCAAAUGUUACCUCCACCGCCACUCUCCGACACCAGCAGCACUGGGUCACCGCCGCCGCUCCACCACCGAACCCGGUUACCUCCGCCGAACAACUGGGACCUACGCAACAAACACGAAAUUACCGACAUAACGGAUGUGAUGCAAAAUUUUCGACCUUAUUCCCAACCGCCCGAUGUCACGCACACAUCGGCUCAAGGUGGAAGAAGAACAACGGCGGCGGAUCGCGUCAACCGGUACGGCUCGUCCGGAUCCGACGACACCAUGGGCACGGGACCGGGCCGAUGGAAGGUCUCGGCGAAAAUCCAGCAGCUGCUCAACACGCUCAAGAGGCCCAAGCGCCGACCACUCCCAGAGUUUUACGAGGACGACGAUAUCGAGCUGGAAAUCGCCGCCAACCCCAAAGAUCCGAAUGCACCCAAACCGGAAGGAGGGUGUAUGACACCAGCGGUAGGCGAACAGCUUGUGGUCCCUUCGGGGCUGCCCAGAAAUUUGGAGGCUGCCGUCUCGAGGUACGGGUCGGCGUCGUUUAAGGCACCCGUCGCAACGGUGUUGGAUCCCAACGGGAAAUUAACCACGACACUUACAUAUGGUAAAUUACUGAGUCGUUCGCAAAAAAUCGCGUACGCCCUCCUAACGAAAGCCUACGGCAAGACGGGCGACACAAGCCUCAAGACCGGCGAUCGAAUCGCGCUCGUCUAUCCGAACAACGACCCGAUCAACUUCCUCUGCGCGUUCUACGGCUGUCUACAGGCGGGCAUAGUUCCGGUGCCGAUCGAGGUCCCGAUUACGAGACGAGACGCGGGUUCGCAACAGAUCGGAUUUCUGCUCGGCAGCUGCAGCGUACAAGUGGCCUUAACAUCGGAGGCGUGCCUGAAGGGCCUGCCGAAGAGCACCGCCGGCGAUGUUAUACAGUUUAAGGGCUGGCCGAAACUGCACUGGUUCGUCACGGAGCAUCUGACGCGUACGCCGAAAGACUGGCUGCCGCCGCCGAAACUCACCGACGAGACGCCGGCUUAUAUCGAGUACAGUACCGAUCGGGACGGCUCGGUUAUGGGCGUGACGAUAACACGCGCAGCUAUGUUGUCGCAUUGCCGUACGUUGACUAUGGCGUGUAACUAUACCGAGGGUGAAAUAAUGGUGUGCGUUCUCGACUUUAAGCGCGAAGUUGGGCUUUGGCAUUCCGUACUGGCGAGCAUACUAAACGGGAUGCACGUGAUUUAUAUUCCGUACGCGUUAAUGAAAGUGAAUCCGGCUAGUUGGAUGCAGAUGAUUACGAAGUACCGGGCAAGUGUUGCAGUUGUGAAAUCGCGAGACUUGCACUGGGGGUUGUUAGCGACUAAAGAUCACAAAGACAUUAGUUUAAGCUCGUUGCGCAUGCUUCUAGUCGCGGAUGGUGCUAAUCCGUGGUCUCUCAGUUCGUGUGAUCAAUUUUUAUCAGUAUUCCAAGCGAAAGGCCUGCGACCGGACGCGAUCUGUCCGUGCGCGAGCUCUAGCGAAGUUCUAACCGUUUCCGUGAGAAGACCGGGACGCGCGGGCGUCAACGCGACCGGUCGCGGCGUUCUCUCAAUGCAAGGACUUAGUUACGGUGUCGUACGGGUAGAUCAAGAGAACAGUCUAACUUCUCUUACAUUGCAAGAUUGCGGCCAGGUAAUGCCCGGGUGCGUGAUAGUCGUCGUGAAAAUGGAAGGUCCGGCAUACCUAUGCAAGACGGACGAAGUCGGCGAAAUUUGCGUAAAUUCCGGCUCCACCGGUACUCAGUACUGGGGUUUGCAAGGUUUGAGCAACAGUACCUUCAAGAUACAACCGUUAACGGCGGACGGCAAACCGCUUUCCGACGCGGAAUACACGCGGUCGGGUCUGUUGGGAUUUUUGGGACCGGGAGGUUUGGUUUUCGUUUGCGGUUCACGUGAUGGUUUGAUGACCGUUACCGGAAGAAAACAUAACGCUGAUGAUAUAAUUGCAACUGUUUUGGCUGUGGAACCCAUGAAGUUUAUUUAUCGAGGACGAAUCGCCGUUUUUAGUAUUAGAGUUCUUAGAGAUGAAAGAAUUUGCGUCAUUGCUGAGCAAAGACCCGAUUGUAGCGAAGAAGAGUCAUUUCAGUGGAUGUCGCGCGUACUUCAAGCAGUCGAUUCAAUCCAUCAAGUCGGAAUUUACUGUUUAACUUUAGUGCCGCCGAAUUUCCUUCCGAAAACUCCGCUAGGGGGAAUACACCUGUCCGAGACGAAAAGGCGGUUUCUGGAGGGAACGCUGCAUCCGGCCAAUGUGCUUAUGUGUCCGCACACGUGCGUCACGAAUCUGCCGAAGCCGCGAGAGGUGCAUCAAGCAGCCGACUGUGUUUCAGACGUGGGCCCUGCGUCUGUUAUCGUCGGUAACUUGGUGCAAGGCAAUCGCCUCGCUAGCGCACAAGGUAGAGAUAUGGGCCUCCAUGACGAAGAAAGUGAUUCUAAUAAAAGGUAUCAAUUUAUAUCGGAACUGCUACGUUGGAGAGCCCAUAGCACCGCGGAUCACGUACUAUUCACACUUUUGAAUAGUAAAGGGGCGGCGGCCAAAGUUCUCAGCUGUUCCGAAUUGCACAAGAAAGCGGAGCGAAUUGGAAACCUUCUAAGCGAAAAGGGGCGCAUUAACACCGGCGAUCACGUGGCGCUCAUCUUCCCACCCGGUCUAGAUUUAAUCUGCGCAUUCUACGGAUGUUUGUACGUCGGCGCAGUUCCCGUCACCAUUCGACCACCUCAUCCACAAAAUCUCCAAACGACCCUGCCGACCGUUCGAAUGAUCGUCGACGUCUCAAAGUCGAUCUUGGUGCUCUCUUCGCAGGCGGUCAUAAAGCUCUUGCGGUCAAAGGAGGCGAGCAACGUGGUCGAUUUAAAAUCGUGGCCGCCGAUCUUGGACACGGACGACAUGCCAAAGAAGAAACUGCCGGUGGCGUAUCGUGCUCCGACCGCCGAAAUGCUGGCGUACUUGGAUUUUAGCGUUUCUACGACCGGAAUGUUGGCUGGAAUAAAAAUGUCGCACGUCGCCGUUACGAAUCUGUGUAGAAGUAUGAAACUUGCGUGCGAAUUGUAUCCCAGUAGACACAUAGCGCUCUGUCUAGAUCCGUACUGCGGGUUAGGAUUUGCAUUAUGGUGUUUAAGUAGUAUAUAUUCGGGACAUCAUUCAAUAUUAAUACCACCUUCGGAAGUAGAAGUAAACCCGGGUUUAUGGCUGACGGCCGUAAGCCAAUACAAAGUUCGUGAUACGUUUUGCUCAUAUGGCGUGAUGGAAUUAUGCACAAAAGGACUGGGCUCGUCCGUCAACCAACUGAAAACUCGCGGCGUGUCCCUAGCCUGCGUGCGCACGUGCGUCGUGGUCGCGGAGGAGAGACCUAGAAUUAAUCUUACCACUAGUUUUUCAAAGUUGUUCAGCGCGCUAGGACUGAGUCCGAGGGCCGUUUCGACGUCGUUCGGAUGCCGGGUGAACGUGGCGAUUUGUCUUCAAGGCGCCUCGAGUCCGGAACCCUCAACAGUAUACGUCGACUUGCGAGCUUUACGAAACGAUAGGGUUACGUUAGUCGAACGCGGCAGCCCGCACAGCUUGUGCCUGAUCGAAAGCGGAAAGUUGCUACCCGGUGUCAAGGUUCUCAUCGCCAAUCCCGAAUCCAAGGGACAGUGCGGCGACUCGCACCUGGGCGAAAUUUGGGUGCAAAGCGGGCAUUCGGCUAGCGGGUAUUUUACGAUUUACGGCGACGAGAGCGACUACGCCGACCACUUUAGCGCGCGUCUCGUCACGAAUAAUACGGGUGAGGUGUACGCCAGAACCGGCUACUUGGGAUUUCUCAGACGAACUGAGUGCUCAUCAAGCUGCCACACUGAGGAGAACACGAGGCUAGGACUGAACGAAAGUGAUACUGAAUCUUUAGGAUCUCAACAGCAUCUUGCGACGAGCGACGCCGGGGAACUUCAAGAUGCCGUUUUUGUGGUGGGAGCGCUGGAUGAAACGAUUGUUUUGAGAGGCAUGAGGUAUCACCCCAUCGAUAUUGAAAACAGUGUGUUACGAUGUCACAAGAAAAUUGCUGAAUGUGCUGUGUUUACAUGGACCAAUUUGUUAGUAGUAGUGGUUGAAUUAGAUGGUAACGAAAGCGAAGCUUUGGAUUUAGUUCCCCUAGUGACAAAUACCGUUCUGGAGGAGCAUCAUUUAAUAGUAGGAGUAGUGGUAGUCGUUGAUCCAGGUGUUGUGCCAAUAAACUCUCGAGGUGAAAAGCAACGUAUGCAUCUCAGAGAUGGCUUUCUAGCUGACCAACUCGAUCCUAUUUAUGUGGCUUACAAUAUGUAAACAUUUUAUACCUCUCAUAAUUAUUUAUAAUAUCAAUCGGUAUUCAACGUUUUCGGAUUGUAAGCAUAUCUGCCAUGAAAUCGUGAUUUAUGAUUAGUUUUAAUUUUAGUUUAGGUGACAUUUUAAAAUAAAGUAAGCGCAUUUUGUGACAACCGGCUCAAAUUUUUAAACUUGGGGAAAUUUUACAUUUUCACAAAUUGUUCGUUGUGUGGAUGUAAAUAAUUCAUGGCCUAUUAGGCGUUAGUGUAAAUUUUACGUUGUUAAGUUGUACAGACUGUAUUUGACUAAUUUUAGUGCAUUUGCUUUGAUCUGGUGCAAUACCCGUUUCUUUUUGUUUAAUUAGAACAAGCCGAUUAGAAGAAUUCAACAAAUUUUUAACGACGCAAGAUGCAUUUUAUUUAGUCCGACAGUACAAUAACAACGCCUUUUGACACAGUAAUUAGUACCUAAUAGUUCUCUUGACAAUUCAGCAAUUUUAGCAAUGUAUUACUCUAGUCUGAUAUUGCAAUUUUAUUGCUUUAAUUUUAACUUAAAAAAUUAGUUGUAUAAUGGAAUGCAUUUAAAAAUUGUUUUGUGAAUUUAAAACCUCCCUCCCCCCCCUUAAUUUUAUCUAACUGUUAUUGGUUGUUUUUAUAUUGGAUAAAAAUCUAUUAACAGGCUUAAUUUAAGUUUCGCACAAUAAUGCUGUUUUUAUGCAGUUCGUGACAAUAGAUUAAUUUUAUGUAAAUAUUAAUGUUUAAAAUUUAGUGCUAACACUGCACACGGUUGUAUUUAAUAUUAUCUCUUAUUUAAAAUU